AUGAAGCGUGGACGGCCGUCUAAAAGACCUCGACUGAGCCAGUAUAUACAGCACUCGCAUGAUGACAACACAGAGUAUCUUCGGCAUCGCUCUUUUGGUGUCAGUGACAACGGUUCUCUGUCCUUGCGAACCACAUUUGUGGUAUCUCAACCUGGCGUAGCGCAAUCAAGUCCUGAACCAUCAUUUGAUGCCUGGGAGGAGACACUGCCAAACGAGCCCAAUGACCUGUCCUUUGAGAACGUGGACUCAAUUCAAGACACUGCCGUGAAAACAAAAAGAAUACAAAAUGUACCCUUGCUUCAAUGGAUACCUGAACGGUCUUCAUACCUAGAUGAGAUCAUACGUCUAGAGGGCCGCGGUGAUGAAAUCGCUCGAGAGACAUGCGGUUGCAAUGGCGAAGAACCUUUACUUUACCGCUGCAGGGAUUGCUUUGGAGUGGAAAUGCUGUGCCGUGCAUGUAUUCUUCAACGGCACGCACAUAAUCCACUCCAUAGAGUUGAGGAGUGGCGCAGCACGUUCUUUGCGCGAGUCUCCCUGAAGCUGCUCGGCUUGCGUAUCCAGCUGGGUCACAAUCCGGGCCAGAAGUGCUAUAAUCCUGAACCUGCCGCUGGCGAUGAUUUCGUUGUCGUAGACGUCCACGGUAUCCACGAAAUUGGCCUCGACUUUUGCGGCUGUGAAACGGCCCAAAUCCACUACAAACAGCUUAUUCGUGCUCGAUUGUUUCCAGCUACUGCAACGAAUCCUCAAUCUGCCGCCACAUUCGCACUCAUGGAGUUCUUUCACCUCCUCACCUUUGAAUCAAAGGUAUCCGCUUAUGAAUUUUACCACAGUAUUGCGAGACGGACAGAUAACACCAGCACCACACAAAUUAGGGAUCGAUAUUCAGCCUUUAUGCGAAUGGUUCAUCAGUGGCGCCACCUCAAGGUGCUCAAGCGAGCAGGAAGAGGCCACGAUCCCAGCGGCGUGAAUGCAACUUCCGCUGGCGAAUGCGCCGUACUCUGUCCAGCAUGCCCUCACCCUGGGAAAAACCUACCCGAGGGCUGGGAGGAUGCAUCGCAUGAUAUCAGAUGGAAGUAUGCUCUGUUCCUCGCUAUCGACGCGAAUUUCCGGCUCAAGCGGAAGCUUGUCUCGAGCGAUAAUGUUGAUCCGAGUCUCAACGCUGGCUCAUGCUACUUUGUCGAAGAGAACGCGUACAAACAAUAUCUAAGCGAGCGUGGUUGUGAGCCACAGGAGAAAAGCACAUGUGUCAGCCAUAAUGCCGUGAACAUGGCUGACACGAAGUCAUCGAGGGGGCUUGCAGCCACGGGCGUUGGGACCGUGGAUUGCGCAAGACACGAUAUGAAACUUCCUAACGGAGUCGGUGAUUUGCAAAAAGGUGAAAGAUACCUAAACAUGGACUAUCUAGUGUUUUCAGUGAUGGUCGGGUUUGCCGUAGUGGUAUUCAAUCUAUCCUACGACAUUGCAUGCCAAUGGCAUAAAAAACUAUGGCCCCGCAUGGCAUUGAUGCCACCCCGACUGCACCUCAACCGCGAUAACAAGAUCAUUCGUUUUUUUGUGCCGAAAUUUCAUCUUAACGCUCACAUUCAAUCGUGUCAAACAGCAUUCUCAUUCAACUUUGGGAAGAACGUUGGACGUACCGAUGGGGAAGCACCUGAAAGAGGGUGGGCGAACAUUAAUCGCGUGGCGUCAAGUACCAAGGAAAUGGGGCCAGGUGCACGCCGCGAUACUUUGGACGACCACUUUUCGGACUGGAAUUGGAAAAAGGUCACCAUGCUCGGUCAAAGCAUGCUACGCAAGGUCAAAGAAGCCUCAAGAAGAGCUAAGCUUCAUCGAGAAGAGCUCAACGAACUUCAGCAAUCGAUCCCAGCAUCAUCGCUCUCCGUGUGGAAGUUGGAAAUUGAGGCCUGGGAGGAGGAUAACGCACAGCCCAACCCGUUCGAGAGCAGGGUCACCCCUAUGACUCAAGCUGCUAUACGCCGCCAGCUGGCCGAGAAGGAGGCUGCAGACUUACGAGCUGGUGUAGAUGUCUCAUUGCACGCUGACAUCUCGCCAAGUGUCCUGAUCGCAUCAGGUAUUGACUUACAGGAUCAGCAACGGCGUUUGGCCGCGGACGUUUCUGCACUGGGUCAGCAUGCGACCGACACACAGAAGACCAAGAUAUUCAAUCAAAGCAAUGCUCUACAACGUAGAUUGGACAACUGGGCCCAAGUCCAAGCCCUUUACAUGCCCGCAGUUGCCCCAAUCCGCGCCACAGAGGAUGCUUGUCGUUCGGAGGGCACUGCAGUACUCAAGCCAGAGAAAUUUAAACUCUGGUUACCAUCCCAGCUCGACCCACACCUUUCUUGCGACCAAAAACUUCGCGAAUGUGAAUGGGAACUCCGGUAUGCUCAAGCCCAUGACACAUUGAACGAUGUUCGACAGAACAUCCGUCUAUUCACCCACCUCAACACAUUCAAGUUGGCGAAUAUACGCGGUCAACGUGCCUCCACUCGUGCGCGCAGCGCUCUUGAUCACGCGGUUGAGAAGAAGCAUGCCAGCAAGGCAAAAUAUGAUGCCGCUCGGGACGCACUUCUUGCCCUCGCUCCCUUGCUAGGAAAAGUUGGCUGGACCGAUAUCUUACGCCCUCUUGGAGCAACGGACAUGAGACCCAUGGGUGACUUCAUCCAGGGACAAUCUGAAGGUACUCGUGAUAUACCGUGGAUAUGGAAGACACCCGGGGUGCUACGAGACAAUGACGAGGGACUUCAAGACUGUCUUCGCAUCGAGUGGUGCAAGGCAAGAGCGCGAGAGGCACGCUGGUCCGAAGAAUUGCUGUUGUUGCUCGAAGAGAUGCGGAGGGUGCUGACAUUCUUAGCCUGGCAGAGUACGUGGUGGUCUGGACUGGCCUUGGCGCGCCAUUUCGAGAGGUCGGCAGACAGCGAAGGAUCCGCAGCAUACGCAAACCGACAAUCUGCACUCCGUAAAGCCAUGUUGGAAAAAUUCAAGCAACAGUGGGUCAUUGUCCCUACCAUCCUCACUGGGCACUGCUGA